AUGCCUCCUAAACGUACUGUCAGCCAGAGAAAUGCUGAUAACUCAGAGAUGUCACAAUCAGAAGUGCACCCAUCAAGGGCUAGGGGUCGACCUGUAAGGUAUGCAGAGGCAACUCAAGUGCCUACUACUCUGCCUGCACCAACUUCAGAGAUAGAUUUUCGAAGAGCGAUUGCUAUGCUCACUCAAUUAGUGGCUGCCCACAAUGGCAACCAGAGUUUGCUAACUCUUAUCUCUAGUUCUCAAGAGUCGUAUGCUUCCAUGAGGAUUAGAGAUUUUCUAAUAAUGAAUUCGCCGGUAUUCACGGGUUCCAAGGCCAUGAAAGUGCACUUUGAAGAGGGCAUACUUAGUGACAUCAUCAGUAGGUUACCUGUGCAGUCUCUUCUUCGGUUCAAAUGUGUUUCGAAAUUUUGGAAAUCGUUGAUUGAUCAGCCGUAUUUUAGGAUGAAACAUCUCAAUCAUGCCAAAAAUUCUCAGAAAUUUCUUUAUUACCAACAAAGCCUUGAGGAAGAUAUCUCUUCCAUAUACUCUUGUUCUUUAUCACCGGUUCAGUUGGUUGAGGAUAUACAGAAACUGGAUUUCCCUUUAAACAUUGAACCAAUGUUUUGCACAAUGUAUAAUUGUUAUGAUGGCUUGUUUCUUAUCAGAGCUUUUGAAAAUAUUGUUGAGCAAGACAUACUUUUGCUGUGGAAUCCCUCGACGAGAGAAUCAAUUGUACUCCCCACUCCAGAAUUUUCAGUGGGAAUAUUUUCUUGUUUGGGAUUGAGACUUGACUUAACUAGUGGUGGCUAUAAGAUUCUAAAGAUUGAGGGAAAUGAAUCUAGUAAUCACAAAGUGUCUGGUGAAAUUUUCACGCUCAAAAGUGGUUUCUGGAGAAAAAUUGAUAAACAUCCUCAUGUCACUGGCAAUAGGGUGUCCGGUAUGGAUUCUUUGGCAUUUAUACAUGGGGCAUUUCAUUGGAUUGGUUUUUAUUCAAAAAAUUACUUUGUGGUUUCAUUUAAUAUUUCCCAUGAAGUGUACGGAGAGAUAUCAUUGCCAGAGCAAAUAUGCUUUGUGAACACCAGAAAUAUUGGUAUUUCUAUAUUGGAAGGAAUGCUUUGUGCUUAUUCUAAUAUGUGUCAUGAGGGGGAACAACACUUUUAA